UGUCCUGAAAAGGGCAUUUGUGCAAUCUGAAAUAUAUUGAACUAGCUGCCCUAUAUAUCCUUGUCUUCUUAAUUGGUUCUUCAAUUCUCCCAUUUUCCAGAGCUCCCCUUUAGCUAUUCUUUCAAAGAUGGCUGGAAUUGCCUUUGGUCGCUUUAAUGAUUCUUUCAGUUUAGGGUCUUUUAAGGCCUAUCUUGCUGAAUUCAUCUCAACUUUGCUCUUUGUUUUUGCUGGUGUUGGUUCAGCCAUGGCUUACAAUAAGCUGACAGGUGAUGCAGCUCUUGAUCCUGCUGGGCUAGUAGCCAUUGCGGUUUGCCAUGGAUUUGCUCUCUUCGUUGCAGUUUCUGUAGGUGCCAACAUCUCCGGUGGCCAUGUUAACCCUGCUGUCACUUUUGGCUUGGCUCUUGGUGGCCAAAUCACCAUCCUCACUGGCAUCUUCUACUGGAUUGCCCAGCUCCUGGGCUCCAUCGUUGCAUGCUACCUUCUCAAAGUUGCCACUGGAGGCUUGGCAGUCCCCAUCCACAGUGUUGCAGCUGGAGUAGGAGCCAUUGAAGGAGUCGUCAUGGAGAUCAUCAUCACAUUUGCCUUGGUUUACACUGUCUAUGCAACUGCUGCUGACCCCAAGAAGGGAUCCCUCGGCACCAUUGCUCCCAUAGCCAUCGGUUUCAUUGUGGGUGCCAACAUCUUGGCUGCAGGCCCAUUCUCUGGUGGAUCCAUGAACCCAGCCCGAUCCUUUGGCCCAGCUGUGGCUAGUGGUGAUUUCCAUGACAACUGGAUCUACUGGGUUGGGCCUCUUGUUGGUGGUGGGAUUGCUGGACUUAUCUAUGGAAACGUGUUCAUCACUGAUCAUACUCCUUUGUCCGGAGACUUCUAACAACUUCACUCGGCCACAUUUGUCUUUGUAAUAAAGAAAGGGGUAGCAGAUUAUGCUCUUCUUUCUUUUCUUUGCGCUCUCUCUCUCUCUCUCUCUCUAAACAAUUUCUUCAAGUCUAUCUUGCUGUAAAGCUCUGUUGUCAAAAACCAUUUGCUUUUAUGAAAA